AUGAGAUGUGAAUGGGAAGGAUGCCAGGAGGAUAUUGAGGACAACGUAAGAGACCAUCUGCUCUCACACAUAGAAAAGAACGAGGAGGCAAAGUGCUUGUGGAAGGGCUGCCAGAGAUAUGGAGAGGCGCAGGUCAGCAAGCAUGCUCUUCUUGCACAUGCACGAAGGCAUACUGGCGAAAGGCCGUUUGAGUGCCAUCUGUGCGGAAAGGACUACACGCGCAGUGAUCCCCUUAAAAAGCACCUUCUUCGGCACGAGGUUGCUGAUAGCAAAAAUGAGAAUCUGAUGCUGAGAAUUGAAUAUUUAGGAGUACUUCUCACAGAAUAUCGUAGAGAAAGCCUGAGGAUUAUGAAUGAUAUCGAAUCUGUACGAUACAACAUUCAGGCAAUGAACAGAAAGAUAGCAUGCGAAAUCAAAAAAAAUAAAUCUCCCUUAUAA